AUGGCAUUCCGAUCGUUUCUCACCGUCGGACUGCUUGUCGCUGCAGUGGCCGCCAUCUCUCCAGACGACGUCCUCGUGACCCGCCAGACGUUGGACUGCUCUCCAGAUUCAGAGACAGGCCUCAAGCUCGAAUGCUGGGCGCAGCUGAAUGUAACCGACUACAUCACGAAGUGGAUUGCCGAAAACGGCACGAAGGCGGACUGCGAUAAUUUGGGAUUCGCCCAAUGUUUUCUGGCCUUCAAUGGCUACGGCGGCCGAACCUGCGACACACUCACUCGCGACACCUGCGGGGCUUUCGAAACUGCUGGUGUUGCUGCCAACUACUACUCGCCUCAGCAAUUUUACACUCUUUGGAACAUCUACGCAAUUUCGCAGUUCUUUAACCAGUUUUCAGAGGCCCUCUGGAACGGACAUUCGCUCGCUGCCGACACAAUCGGGGAUAUCGUUGCCACCGUUUCCCCGUCUACCGACCCACAGGUUCCGAGCACUCUAUUGUGGACUUCGAUCUCCGGCGGUUUUUGGAUGGCCGCCGUCGGUGCUUUCGCCAACCCCCUUUUGGCUGGAGUUGCUACGGGCAUGGCUGUUGUUACCGGCAUGAGCUCGUUCUUCAUGACUUCGGUUUCCGGCUCUUCCAACUCUCGCUUCAUCACGCUCGGCAAGAUCGGCAGCGAGCUCGCCCAGCUUGUCAUUGACUACCAAGGUAGCCUUGAGAACGCCCUGAAGGAGCUUCAACACAACAGCACCCUCUUUAUUGCUGCCACUGAGCCCGGUGGUUUCAGCCAACGUGCUGUCACCAGCUUGAACCUUCAAGCCACCGAGCUUUACCACGAUCUACAACUUUUUGUCCUCUCACAAGCCCUCAAGGCAAACGGCAUCGUCUCUGCCCGCUCAACCAAUGUGAACGCGCUUGAUUUUGCACCCCAGACGAACGGACACAUCUCAUGCCCCGGACUUGGCCCCGCGGGCAACUGUUACCAAUUCUGGAUUGAUCCCGACACGGGCAGCUCCUACGCACUACACAACCCUAAGGAGUGGAAGAACGACUACGUCGAUGUUCUGAACAAGAUCCACGACAAGAGCUGGGCGAACCUGAGCGAGAUCUUCAAGGUUGAGGACUGCCAAGGCAAAGACCCCAGCUUCGACGGCACCAGCAAGGUGACGUGCUUGGCAUCGCAUGGAUGGUGCGAGUAUGCCUACGACGGCCAAACCACCGUCACCGAGUCCAGGACAGCCAACAAGCAAUUCACCAACUGCAACAACGAUAAGUCAUGGGGCACUCUCUGCAACUGGAUGAGUGGCGGUCUUGUCCUUCCUGUGUCUUAUCUCGGACCUCUGCUGAAGCUCGGUGAGCUAGCGUGGUGCAGAGAGUAUUAA